AUGUCCACCUAUUUAUCAGGCCCUUCUAGACAGAUGAUGCAAGUCCAGAGAAACAUACUCUAUUGCUAAAAGAUCAAUUAUUCAACUAAGAAUGGUUAAACAAUAGAUUUAGUUGAUUAAAAUACUCAAAAGCAGCCCAAGGCUUAGUAGAAAAUAUAAUUUCAAGAUGAUGUCAAUGAGCUUGAUGAUUUUAUGGCAAGUUUAAUUGAAUCUAAGUUAUCUUCUUAAACUCUUAAUGAACUUCUCGAUUAGCUUCAAGAUGACCCGGAAGAUGCAAGAUUAUUAAUGAAAGUGAUUGCCAAAGCCAUUGAGUAAUCAGAUAAAAAAGAGGAGAUUAUUGAAGACUUAGUAGAUAUCGAUAGUAUUUUGGAGUUUAUGCUAAAGAAGGACAGAUUGACUUUAAAGGAAAUAGGAAUGGUGCAUACAUAUUUGAGCAUGUAUUCAGAAUCUGAGAAAGUUAUCUCACUUGCAGUUAUCUAAGUAAUGGAUAGCAUGCAUAGAUCCUAGUUUAUUGAUAUUGCAUUAGCGCUAUAAAAUGCUGUUAGACUUGAAAACCAAAAUUUGAGGAAGAAAUUUGUCAAAGCUGUUGACAACCAUAUCUAAUUCAUUAAUACCAAGCUACUAAAGGGAGUUCAUCUUAAUGGAGUGCUUAUGAUUAUGGGAGGUCUUGCAGCUAACUCUGACAUUGAUCUUAGUUGCUGGCCAUAAUUAGAAAAACUGCUUGAAGCUGAAAUAUCAAAAAGAAGGGACCCAUUAUAAAAACACUAAUGCCUUAAUCUGGUUUAGUUGCUGUCAUAGAAGAAAAUAAUGUCCCAGAAAAUUUGGAUGCUUGUAAAGGUAAUAAAGGAUACUUAGAAGUAUUUUGACUUGAAAUAAAUGAGUCUAGCUGAUGUAUAUAUUUUUACACUGGCCAUGAAGGACACUCCAUUUCUUACAACUGAGGUUAAAAAUCAUUUGAUUGAAUACAUAGUGGAAGCUGGAUAUGAUGAUGAAGAUUUACUAACAAUUUUAGGAACCAACAAAGUCACCAAAUUAAUUAAUGCUCUCUUGUACGAUAACUAUGAAAACAUCAGCAGCAAUUUCUUAGUUCACCUAGAUUCAUUCUUGCAUCACACAGUUGAAAUAAUGAAUAUGAAGAAAAUCAAUAGAGUUAUCACUAUAAUGAGGAGUAUGGAUUACUUCAAAGAUAAAUUGAUAAUGAAAAGAGCUGAAGAGUAAUAUGAAAAAAUGGAGCAACUACUUUAGGAGAGAUUUCCAGUAAAGAACUUUGAUAGAUUUAAAGGUUUAGUAGAAAUGUUAGAUUCUGAUGAUGAGGAUGAAGGUUUUGAGAAAUUCAGAGCUUAUGGCAGCUAAAACAAGGAUGGCGAUGAAGUUGAGGAACUAAAAAAAGGGUUUCAAAGAAAAGCUGGGGCUAAAUCAGCCUAGAAACCAACCAAACCUUCUCCUAGAGAGAGAAAUUGA